ACACCCGCAUAUAAAUGAAUUACAAGUUUCAAUUCUGAAAAUACGUUUACUAUUUUCACACAGGGGAGUAACUCCACUGAUGCUUAUUAAGGCCACUCAGCAUGCAUUUAUGUCUGAAGCUGCACAGGCGAGUGUUCACGGGAUCACAGCCUACACAGAUGACCUUAUUCUUUCACCCUAUUCUUCAACGUCCUUAAAAGCCUGAAAAGUUUUUAUUUCCAUUAAAUUGAAAUCAAAGAUGAAAGUUGUUAAGAAGCAGAUAUUGACUGGUUAAAUGCCUGAAUAUUUGUUUACAUUUCAUUGUGUAUUUUAGAGUGUCUAAUGGGAAAAACACUGCUGUGUUGCAUACAGUAAGGCACUGGUUAGUCUAAUGGCAAAAUAUACUUUUACUGCAGUUCCUUCUUGAAUCCUCAAGAGCAUGGUUGUCUUACAAUACUAUGUCUCUUUUUUCCUUUUUUACCUUACUGCUCACUAGAUAACCAGAACAGUAAGUCUACCAGCCUGUGGCUACGGAUACAGUUACUAUAGGAACAUUUAUAAACACUAAUUUGACUACACAUGCAGAACUCCAGCCUGGUACUGCAGAGGAGCAAGCUUAGAAAGAAAACACUCUUUAACUGCAAAUAGGUCUAGGGGAAGGAGUGUUCCUAAUACCCAAAGGCAGGCUCUGCCCUCCACAUGCUCCUGUGACUCACCAGGUUCGUCUUUAUCUCUUCCCAUAUCUUUCAUAACAAGGCUUCCUUGAAGCUGCGUUGUUGCUUCUGGGGAUACAAGAAUGACAUUGGAGGAAAAGUCACAAGACAAACCAAACCCACCUGAUUUUGAAUGUUUCAGAGAUGAGGAAGAUCAUCUGGAGAAGGUCAUGACUACACGAAAUGCUGAAUCCAAGCCUAUUAGAAUUUUUUGCUCUGUGUGUCAACAAACAAUAUACCCGAACCACCUUCUUUGUCAUAAAAAACCCCACAAAGCCCUAACUUUGCUGGGCUUUGAUAGCCCACAAAUGAAGAUUGACAACAAAACACUUUUAUCUCAGAGAUGAAAACUAAUUUCAAAAUUGACCAAGAUACCGAAAUAUACUGAGACACAUAGUCAGAAGAUUGAUUAUUCAUUUGAAUUCCUUGUGGAUAAUCACAGUCCUACAUCAUAUUGUGAUUUUGCUAAUAUUAACAACCCUAGUACUUUUAAGAAAGUAAUUAAUUCUUUAAUAAAAGCAUUAUCAAUUUGCCAAGAUAAAAAUUCCACAUGGCAGGGAGACAUGGAAGACAGAUUUAUUGUGCUUGACAACUAUGGAAAUAAGUCAGAUACAUGUUUUUUGGGGUUAGUUGAUGGCUCCCAUGGUGUGACAGCUGCAGAAACAGUUGCAGCAGAGCUUCCACUUUUAUUUCUUGACCAGCUAGCUCAAGUGGGUUCCUCUUACAGAAUGAGUAAAGAUGAACAGCAAAUUCUAAAUUCUUUUGCCACAAUAAUCAAGGCAGAUUACAGGGAAAAAGAGAAGAUUUUCGCUGAUAAACCAGGUAAUGACAAGACCAGCAAUACUUACGAAUGGUUUCACAAAGCGUAUGCCAAGUCCUUUUGGAGAAUGGAUAGACUUUUACGACUGGGAAGGAAUGAGGUUUCCAGCUGGAGUGGCUGUUCAGCUGUUACCUGUUUGGUGGAGAGAAUCCCCAGCAAAGAGAGAGAUGGCACUGAGGAAGAAGAAAGAAAACAUUUUGAAAACAACACACAGAGUCCAUUAGCCAGGACAGCCAAAGGUGUUGCUGGGUUACUGCACAUUGCCAAUAUAGGUAUGUACAAUGCAGUCCUAUGUAAAAAUGGAAAAAGUAAUUGACUCUCAAAAGAGCACAGCACAUCUAACGUAAGUGAGAGAAAACAUGUACUUCAGAACAGUGGAAACAUCAGCACUAAUGAACCAGACAGAUUAGUAGAGGGGUUCCUGAGAACUACAAGGGGUCUUGGACAUCACAGGGAUCCAGUACUGAAGAGAUCUGUUACACUUGUACCUCAUACUGUAUCUGUCCCUAUCGAUGACACUUGUCAGUUUCUUAUUUUAGCUUCUAACAGGCUCUGGGAGGUUUUGGAUUACAAUGAAGCACUUGCAUUAACUUUCACAGCAUUCACCUGUUAUUUGAGAAUGUAUGAAUGUGUUCAACAAAACAGGACUUCUCCAUACAAGUGUCAGUAUUUGAUGCCCCUCACUGAAGACAACUUAAAUGACUCAAAGUCUACUAAUGAUCUGCAAGUUGGAAGAGAGAUCCUCUAUUCCAGUAAAGACAUUUUUUUCACCGACUCAAAAGGCAACCUGAAACAAAAUAAGCCAAAAUGUUCUAGGAGCAACUAUGUGCAAAGUAAAGAUGGAGCUCCUAAGGAAACCGAUGCAGAAAAUCAAGCUGAUCCAGAACUGGCUCUUGUCAGUAACAAUGAAGUAAAUUCACAGAAUAGAGAGAUAAAACAGUCCGAUUCUAGCACACAAGGUGGGUCUAAAGAGCUGAAAUGGUUUGAGAACAUAAACGUUUAUCCAUGUAACAGUGUUCAGGCACAGUCACAGACUGCAGAGCAAGAAGAAACAUACGCUGACCCUUUCUGUGCCCCAGGUCCAAGUUGCAUCCAUAAACAGCUGCGAGAGAAUGUACUGGCAAUAGCGUCUAAAGACAUGGAACAGCUCCCAAAAGAUACAAAAGCAUGCCUAUCUAGUGAUGACUCAGGACCACAACUGACAGAAUAAAUGGACUCCAAGAUAGUUUGUGACAAACCUGCAAGUUACACUGAUCAAGAACUGCUAAAGACUGUAUCACCAGUGGGUUCUAAACCACCACCACAGCCUGAAGAGGACACAAAGACAUACCAGUCCAAUUGCAAAUCACAAACCGCAGGAAGAGGCACGGUCACCUCUGAGGCACCUUAUGAUAAUGCAGUAAGCUAUGUUAGUGAACAGCUGGUAAAGGCUGCAUUAGCUGCAGGUUUAAGAGAUAACGUAACUAUUUUGACUGUACUUCUAAAUGGAUGUGAUAAUUACCUCAAAGCUUAAAAAUUUAUCGUAGGAUAACUGGAGUGCAAGAGUAACCUUAUAUAUAGCUGUGUCAUGAAUUUACUUGUAAUCAACUUAAACACUGACCCUUGUAUAAAUCAGACAUCUUGUCUGGAACUGUGCAAAUGCAAUAAAACUUUCUGAAACU